AUGCAGUGCGUGAAAAAACGGAUUUAUUUUAGGUUAUUGAAAUACGAAAACAAUGCGUAUAAUUUGUUUACUCGUAUAUUGAAUUUUAAGUUGUUACCGAUUUACUUGAUAGGAAUAGUUAUACCUAAUAGUUGUACCUGAAUUGUAAACAAUGGAUAAUAGUAAUAAAAUCGUCCCACCUCAUCUCAACGCAGAAAUCUACAGGACUGAUACAACCGGCACCAGUACACUUUCGUAUUUAGAUUAUAUUCGCAUUCAUUCCGAUGGAAGUGUGUUGGUGGGGUCAUCAGAGCUUACUGGCCGGUACUGGAAUGGCGGUGCCAGUGUCUUUAAAGAUAUAGCGGAAGCUCGGAGCAUCACGGUUGGAGGGAAAAGAAGUAUUCCAUUAACUAGUGGAACAGCCGAUGGGUGUUUUAUAGGAACUUCUGCUAAGGUCCUGCUGUGUGAAGACAAUGGGGCAGUGAGUGUGUGGUCCACUAACGUGGAGCAACAGAAUGUAUGGAACCAGUGGAAAGAAGAUAUUUCUGUAGCUGAGCAUGACAACAUGGUCUUGGCAGUGGACUGCCUUGAGCCUCAGCAAUGUUAUGUCACUGCUGGGGCUGAUGCUAAUGUUAAGGUAUGGGAUAUAAAUGACAUGAUCUGUAUAAGGAACUACGCAGCAGCACAUAGCAUGAUAAUAAAUGCAGUGUCAGUCAGACCAAAGUCUACAAAUAGUUUUGCAACUGGCUCCAUGGACCAGUAUGUCACAUUGUGGGAUGAUAAUAUAGAUAAACCAGUACUUGAUUUAUUGAAAAAUGACUGCUGUAUUCGCUGCAUAGCCUGGAUAGACGAGAAUCGCUUGAUAGUUGGAGAUGAGGCAGGCGUUCUGCAUUUGUUAGACGUAAGGAACACUGAGAGUGAUGUCAAAAUAACAGAGUUCCCUGCUGCUGUACACAAGUUGGCUGUGCAUACUGAUUCCGAUAAAGUAGCGGUGUGUUGUGACAAUAAAAUUGUCACAGUCUGUGAAGUAGCAGAGAACUCCCAACCAAAGGUUAUUUACCAUGAUAGACAUAUGCACAGCAAUUAUGUGAGAGGCGUAGCCUGGGAUGUACAAGAUAAGAACACUCUACACACCGUGGGCUGGGGUGGUGAAUUAAAAUCUCACACUGUGUUGUUGGGUUAAAUACAUUCUAUAUUUUAAUACAGAUUCUCAAGUUGUCAUAAG